AUGAGAGAUGCUCUUUUUACAAGAUCCUGAGGGGACUUGUCAGGGUGGGUAUGGAGAAGAAACCAUUGGAAAUCUUUACCCAGAGUGUUGUGGGGGACAGAAGACUGAAAGCGUUUAAGGAGUAGGUAGCCAGAUGUUUGAAAUAUCAAGGAGCUGAAGAUUAUGAGGAGUUCACGUAACAGAAAUUGAGGCCUGGGAUAGAUCAGCCAUAAGCUUAUGAAUGACAGGGCAGGCUUGAGGGGCUGAAUGACCGACUUUUGCUUGUAUUCCUUAUGUUCUUAAGAGAUGUGGCAUUGCAGUGAUGUCACUGAACUAGUAAUGCAGAAUCCCAGGCUAACGCUGGACAUCAAGGUCGCAUUCAUCAAUCAGGAGCAAGUCCUGCCUUAGAAAGCUGUUGGUUACACAGGUUGGUUGGCAGUUCUGUAGUCCCAGAAAUCCUACCAGGAGUGGUGGUCACUACUGCAGAUACAAUCAGUCCCCAGAUUCUGAACUUAAGUCCUCAGGCACACCAGUGGAGAUGGCAAGGGAAAGUGACGCAUGGUGGGAGAGGAAGAUGAGAGUCUUGAUGGAGAGACCAGGAUUGGAGGAUCACCCAGAAAUUGAAUUGAAUUAGCUUUAUUAUCACAUGUACUCAAAUGAGUGCAGUGACACGUUUACAGUCGCCACAUUACAGCACUAUCUUAGGUACAAAAAUACCUAAGGUGCAGAUACUUAAGAUCCAGUUGUUAGGAAACAAAACAAAAUUUUACUUUUCUGAAAUAAAUAGUCCAAUAUUACAGGCCAUAGGAAUAAAUUAGAAAAAUAAACAAGUGAAAACUUCAGAAUGUCAGUCUUUCUGAGCCAGUCCAUGCUGGUACCUAGCCUCAGGGAGACCUCCACCACCGCCUGCGCCGUUCCCAUCAACGUAGGAGUUAUCUGAUUUUGGGUGCCAUCUUUUCACUGUUGGGUCCACUUUGCUGACGUCACUGAUUCCACACUCGCCACACCACUGGGCCAGAGUACUGCUGGCCCCGACAUCAGGAGAACUGGUGCUGCCACUGGCCUCAAAAGGCAAGAGAAUGCCCUCGCUGCCAUUGGUCUUCUAUCGCCAGAAUACCCUCACUGCCACGGGUGUUCUAUCAUCAGAAUACCCUCACUGCCACCAGUCUCCUAUCGCCAGAAUACCCUCACUGCCACCACUCUCUUAUCGCCAGAAUGCCCUCACUGCCACGGAUCUCCUAUCGCCAGAAUACCCUCACUGCCACCAGUCUCCUAUCGCCAGAAUGCCCUCACUGCCACGGAUCUCCUAUCGCCAGAAUACCCUCACUGCCACCAGUCUCCUAUCGCCAGAAUACCCUCACUGCCACCACUCUCUUAUCGCCAGAAUACCCUCACUGCCACCACUCUCUUAUCGCCAGAAUGCCCUCACUGCCACGGAUCUCCUAUCGCCAGAAUACCCUCACUGCCACCAGUCUCCUAUCGUCAGAAUACCCUCACUGCCACGGAUCUCCUAUCGCCAGAAUGCCCUCACUGCCACCACUCUCUUAUCGCCAGAAUACCCUCACUGCCACCACUCUCUUAUCGCCAGAAUACCCUCACUGCCACCACUCUCUUAUCGCCAGAAUACCCUCACUGCCACCACUCUCUUAUCGCCAGAAUACCCUCACUGCCACCACUCUCUUAUCGCCAGAAUACCCUCACUGCCACCACUCUCUUAUCGCCAGAAUACCCUCACUGCCACCACUCUCUUAUCGCCAGAAUACCCUCACUGCCACCACUCUCUUAUCGCCAGAAUACCCUCACUGCCACCACUCUCUUAUCGCCAGAAUACCCUCACUGCCACCACUCUCUUAUCGCCAGAAUACCCUCACUGCCACCACUCUCUUAUCGCCAGAAUACCCUCACUGCCACCAGUCUCCUAUCGCCAGAAUACCCUCACUGCCACGGGUCUCCUAUCGCCAGAAUACCCUCACUGCCACCAGUCUCCUAUCACCAGGAGAAUACCCUCACUGCCGCCAGACUCCUAUCAUCAGGAGAAUACCCUCACUGCCGCCAGUCACCUAUCACUGGAAGAAUGCCCUCACUCCUGUUGCCUCAUAUCGCCCAGAGAAGCCACAUUCGCCAGUCCACAUGAGGCCAGCUCUCACUGUCGUACUAAUACAGCCAACCAACCUGCCACAGAAAAGAAGAAAAGAAAAGGAAAGGAAAAUAUAGUAAAACAAAAGAGUAGAAGCAAAAGUGAAACAAAGAAGGAAAGCAGACAGGAGCAGAUGGGCCCAGGAAGUGCAGAUUUGAGUGACAUGACCCGACUUGACAAAGGGCGAGCAAUGAAGGUGACUGUUUUUGCUUCUGGGGCCAAGCACACAUCCCCUUCCAUCAGUGACCAGUGUAUUGUCACUUGAAGACCUCAACUGGGGCAAACUGGGCCUUUAAAAUUGCAGUAAGUUGGAAGGGGGAAGCAAGGUGGCUAAAAGGUCACCUAAGAAGGUUUUUACAGCCUCUCACCUGCCAACCCACUGGCGGGAGAUUGUAAAGUUGCCCUGAAGAUUUAUGUAAUUAAUAAUUAGUGUUGAAAGCUAAUGUACAAUGCCACUUCUAUCAGCUAUAUGUAUAAGACCAUAAGACAUAGGGACAGACAUUAGGCCAUUCGGCCAAUUGAGUCUGCUCCGCCAGUCAACCACAGCUAAUAGGUUUUUCAACCCCAUGUGACAAUAUGUAACAAUAUAUCGUUCUAAUUCCAACAUAACUGUUUAUUUUUCUUAAACCUGAAAAGAAAGACAGUCUAGGCUAUUGACUUGGAUGAUCAUCCAUGAUCAUAUUAAAUGGUGGAGCAGGCUUGAAGGAUCGAAAGGCCUACUCCUCCCGGUCUCUGUGUUUCCAUGUUUUAAGAUGUUUACAAAUGAAUGAAGGAGGCCGCCAUACUAAUGAGACAGUAGAUGGUGCUGUUGUAAAGCAGCCUCUAUUUUUCAAACUCUUGUACAUCAAAGAAGCACGAAUCUUUUGUAUUAAUGGCCGGGAAUUUGUAUAAUGAUGGUAAAAUAGACAUUGUUCACUGUCAUUAUUGUGAAAUUAAUAGUAAAUUCUGCCGUCUGCAGCUGCAACUACAUUCAAUACAGACUUUGCUCUCAGUAUUCAUUCAAAGUACAUGCCAUUGAAAUGCUCGCUGUUGGGAAUAAUUAGAAAUUAAUGAGUUGAUGUGAGUUUCCACAUUGUCACUAUCAUUUUAGCCGUAAAGCCCAUGUAAAGGUUGCCCCUUUUUCAAUCAUGUCCCACCAGUUGUUUUUACAGCGUGCUAAGUCAUUAUUAGUGUUCAGUAGCCUCUCCAACCAUGAAGACAUAAUUUUCUAUUUGUGAGACAUCGUAUUUCCCUAUUCCAUGUUAAAAUUACAAAACAUUUAAAGUAAUUCAAAAAAAAAGUAAGUUUUAUGAAACUUUGGAUUUCCACAUUAAUCCUUGCUUUCCAAUCUUUAUUUUGUUUUCUGGAAAAUUAUUAAAUAAUCUUCCUUUUUCAUUCCUGAUUUGCUGUCUGUUCGAAUUCUUCAAUGUAGUUGUUCAGCCUGCUUGAUUAUAAAGCUGCAACUAAAUGCCAGAGGUCCCCUAUAGCUAGCACCAGAAUUAAUUAUAUGGCAUAAAAAUUUGCUAGAUCUUUGCGGGAAGCUAUUUUAAAGUCAACAGAAAGUGCCACCAAUGGUUACAGAAUCUGAAACAUUAUGUUUUGAAGGUGGACAGUACUGAAGUCUUCCUAGCUUCAAAAAUGUCAAAUUCUUGUUGGUUGUUUUAUUAUGUGGCAGAUCUCCUCUAAGAAGAUCGACAUUUAACAUGGGGGUAGCCAUUUUAGUCAUAAUGCCACUGUGUAGCCUCUCAGUAAAACACAAUUAUUGUUUUAUUUUGUGAGCCUCUUUGGAAAGCUUAUGAAUGAUGAACUCAUCGGUAAAUUAUAGCUAGCUAGUAACACUGUGGAGAUAAGAUUUUUUUAGAUGUGGUAUUUCAAGGGGAAAAUAUUAAAUAUUUUUACCUUUGACUUGCUCCAGUUUUUCAAUGUCAGACAUGUAUCUCUGUGAGCAUUCUACUUAUUUAGAAGCCAAUUUCAGAAAGAAAAAGAAUCAGACAGUGUUAUUAAUACAUAGUAAUUAUGGAAAUAUCAAGUUUCCUGAAUACAAAAUGUCUCCUGAGCUCUUUAGAACAGACUGAUGGAAUAACUUAUCUUAAUUUUUGAAAUAAAAUGUGUCUAGAGUGUUCCACUCCUACAUAUGCAAGAAAACUUAUAAACCAAAUACAUUAGAGUCAAGAUUA